UGAAGGUAACAGAACUACUUCACUACCUGUACUAACGUGUCCAUAUGGUACUUUGUUCCUCUUACAGGUGUUAUGCCGUUGAUUGAAGCAGAAUAUGAACUCUCCAUUGACAAAGUUGCGAGAGUAGAAACAUGUAAGGUCACAUUCCUUGGACUUUCUCUCUUAUGGAUAUACUUAUCAUUCCCUCUUUCUGUCUGUCUGUAGCAGAUUUCUCUUUUAGUCAGUUGUGGGCUUGGUCCAUGUCUGAAGCUCACAAUAUUCUCUCUCUUCCUUCAGGUUUUGCUAUUGUUUUUGCCUUGGUCAAUCCAUUCUUUGGACAUCUAUCAGAUCAGAUCAGCCGGAGGACCCUCAUGUGUCUGGGAGUAACGUAUUGGACUCUGUUUGUUGCGAGCUGUUCCGUAAUUCCCCAGGAGUGGGGUUGGACCAUCCCUUUUAUACGGAGUGCCGUGGCCGCAAUAGAAAGUUUUUUUGCAGGCAUUUCCCUGACCCUGAUUGAUGACCUGUGCCCACCUGAAAAUCGACGAGGGCCUUUAUGCAUGUUUAACAGUUUCAGCUAUAUAAUGGGGUAAGCUGCAAGUUGUACCUGGAUUCCUGCUACAUUCCUGUUGGUUUGUGUGUGGAUUCUGUUAUA